UAUUUCUUUUUCCUUUCCCUGUAGUUUUAAGAAGAUAGACGUGUAUUUAAGUUACGUUUCGUCUGUUGAGCAACGACAAAAACGCUAGACUCUCUGCCUUUUCAUUUACAUUUUUCACGCAUAACCCUUUGCAGCAAGGGUUCUCCGAAGGUGAAUUUUUGUCCAAUCGUGAAAAUUCUAUAUUUUUGUGGGAGAAAGUCAAGUACAGUUAUUCUUUUACAUUUUCGAGCUCGAGCAUACCUUUCGAUCAGUUUUAAAACAGAUCGGCAGCGAGAAGCUCAGCAGCGAGAACAUCUCUCCAACUGAAAUCGCCAAGUUUUUUAAAAAAGUGGUGUAACAUGGAGCAAUACAUGGAGAGACUAUACCCAUUAUUGCGGGUGACAUAUCCUGCAAAUGCUCAACUUAUGGUGCAUAACGAAGAGGAGCUGAUUGUGCCAAUUCGGCACAUUUUAAAUCUGCGCGUGAUUGGCCCCCAGAAUAUUUGGCCAGCAGACGUGUCCGUACAAGGACACAUAAAUAUUGAAAAAAAGAAAGAUGUGCAGUAUUUGCGAUCGAUAGACUGCGAUUACAAUACAUACAUAUGGGAGAGAGACUGCGUGGAGGACGAGUGGGAUCUCCGGAUUCUCUUUGGAGAGAAGCCAUAUGAAGAGGAAGAGUGGUGGGAGUAACCCAGGGAAACUUGUGCCUUAUAAAAUUAUUCAUGAA